UAGUGACGAGCAAAAUGUGCGACAGCGCCGUGCGGCGGCGGAGAGAGAGGAGACAGCGGCUGGCAGCAGAGACACAGAGCAGCAGCAGGCCUCGGGACCAGGAGAAGUGAACGGAACCCGGACUGUCCCCGUCACUGAAGCCUGGUACAGGCCCCGAGGGGCCCCAACUAGAGUUCAUGAUCUGCUAACCGGGCUCCCUUCACUGACACCCACAAAGCGGCUUCUCCGGGGGUGACAUGGCUUCCAACACUGACAGAGAGAUGAUCCUGGCGGACUUCCAGGCAUGCACCGGCAUCGAGAAUAUCGAUGAGGCGAUCACCCUGCUCGAGCAGAACAACUGGGACUUAUUAGCAGCAAUAAACGGCGUGAUACCACAAGAAAAUGGCAUUUUACAGAGUGAAUACAGCUCAGAAAGUGUACAGAAUCCUGUGUUUGGUCCGACCGCCUUGCCCACCACCUCCGCCUCCAUUGCUUCCUCCUCUUCAGCCUUUCGCCCAGUAGUUCCAAGCCGACCGGUUGUGGAGCAUCCGAGCCGCAUGUUGGACUUUAAAGUGGAAUAUAGAGAUAAAACAGCGGAUGUGGUUCUUGAAGACAGCUGCACUGUUGGGGAUAUAAAACAAAUCCUAGAAAACGAUCUUCAGGUCCCUGCAUCCAAAAUGCUGUUAAAGGGCUGGAAAUCCGGAGAUGUGGAGGACAGUACCGUCUUGAGGACUCUGCACUUGCCAAAACACAAUAACCUUUAUGUCCUGACGCCAGACUUACCGCUUCCAUCUAUGUCCGGCCAGUCCAGCUCUCAACAGGAGUCAUUAAACCAGAACUAUAUGCUGAUCAUCACUCACCGCGAAGUCAAGAGGGAAUACAACCUGCAAUUCUCCGGGAACUGCACUAUCCAGGAGGUUAAAAGAAAUGUCUACGAUCUCACCAGCAUCCCCGUUCGCCAUCAGGUGUGGGAAGGAUGGCCGCCUUCUGCUCAAAGCGACAGCAUGACACUGGCGUCUUCAGGACUUACCUUUCCAUGCCAUCGACUCACAGUGGGUAGAAGGACUUCCCCCGUGCAAACCAGAGAACAGUCGGACGAGGUAAUGGCUUUACCAGCUCCUACAGGUCUACAACCAUCAAGCACAGAUAUUCACAUGAUCAGUGACAGUGAUGGAGAUGACUUCGAAGAUGCUACAGAAUUUGGAGUGGAUGACGGAGAGAUAUUUGGCACGAACAGUGCACUUAGAAAGUCUCCCAUGAUGCCUGAAAAUGCAGAAAAUGAGUCCGACGCUUUGCUGCAGUUUACGGCGGAAUUCUCCUCCAGGUACGGCGAGUGCCAUCCCGUGUUCUUCAUUGGUUCGCUGGAGGCUUCCUUCCAGGAGGCGUUUUACGGGAAAGCCAGAGAUAGAAAACUUCUUGCUAUCUACCUCCACCACGACGAGAGUGUCCUCGCCAAUGUUUUCUGCUCCCAGAUGCUUUGUGCAGAAACCAUAGUUUCUUACUUGAGUCAGAACUUCAUCACAUGGGCUUGGGAUAUGACGAGUGAGGCCAACCGAGCGAGGUUCCUUACCAUGUGUACUCGGCAUUUUGGCAGCGUGGUAGCACAGACCAUCCGAACACAGAAGACUGAUCAGUUUCCACUUUUUCUAAUUAUAAUGGGGAAAAGAUCAUCUAAUGAAGUGCUUAAUGUUAUCCAAGGUAACACCUCAGUAGACGAGCUCAUGAUGAGGCUCAUUUCAGCAAUGGAAAUAUUUUCAGCCCAGCAGCAGGAGGAUAUCAAGGAUGAAGAUGAGCGAGAAGCUAGAGAAAAUGUGAAACGAGAGCAAGAUGAAGCUUAUCGUCUGUCCCUCGAAGCUGACCGAGCCAAGAGGGAAGCUCAGGAGAGAGAAAUGGCUGAACAGUCCCGGCUGGAGCAGAUCCGGAAAGAACAGGAGCAGGAAAGAGAGGCUAUCAGGCUUUCCUUGGAACAGUCCCUUCCACCGGAGCCACCAGAGGAGCAAAGUGAACCACAGAGCAAACUGCGGAUCAGGACACCGAGAGGGGAGUUCAUUGAAAGGCGUUUCCUGAGCUCCAACCCAUUACAGGUGGUCUUCAACUUUGUAGCAUCCAAAGGAUUCCCUGGUCACGAGUACAAACUGCUCAGCACCUUUCCACGUAGAGAUAUCACCCAGUUGGAUCCCAGCAGGACUCUCAUGGAACUUAAGCUGUACCCUCAGGAAACACUUUUCCUGGAAGCCAAGGAAUAAGUUUCCCUCAGAUUGGACUGUGAAAGCAGGGGAAGAGGUUCUGCCGUAUUGGAUAAAUUCAUUCACUGUCACCUCCCCACACCCAGAAUCCAGAAUGCACACAUGCUUCAUAGGAGCGAGAGCCUGUAACUCGCCAUGCUACAGGCUGCCUGCCCGGGCAGGAGAUCGUCACCCAUAUGUCCGAUAUUACAGUUACCAUCCAGCUUCUGAUCCAAUAAAUGGAUUCACACCAGACACAUCACUUUAAGUAUCGUAAAGAGGAAAUAUACUCAAAAUAAUCUCGUACAUCAUAGAUACAUGUGAGAAGAUUGUAGUGAUGAAGUCUCUGGAGCGCCACUGGUUUCCAGAAUGAUGGGGCUCUAGACAGCAUUCAGUCCCCUUUGACACUGCUCAGAGACUUCUGUUACUGAAAAUCUGAUAUUGCUACCAUUUAGAUCAGUGGCAGGUAUACUAGAAUGUGUCAUCAGACCUGAGGGUCCAUUCACACGUCCGCAAAAUGGGUCAGCAUCCGUUCCGCAAUUUUUUGCGGAACAGGUGCUGACCCAUUCAUUUUCAAUGGG